AUGUCAGCGAGCAAGUCAGGUAUCAAAGUCAUUAUCGUCGGUGCUGGAUUCGGCGGAUUGACAGCCGCCAUCGAAUGCCAUCGGCAAGGCCACGAUGUUGAGAUCUAUGAGUCCUUCCCUGAGCUCAAAGUUCUUGGUGACAUCAUAUCCUUUGGUGGGAACGCCGGUAGAAUCUUUCACCGAUGGUCUGAUGGCGAAGUCGUAGCCAGACUGCGUCCAUUGUGCAUCAACAUACAGGACUACGGCUUCCGAAUCCACAAAUGGGACACUGGUGAGGUUGUCUAUCACCAAAAGCGACCACCGCCGAACCCUGAGGCUCCAGUCUUGAAUGGUCAUAGAGGCGAGCUUCACGAGAUAAUCUUCAACUAUGCACGCGAUGAGCUUGGCAUUCCCAUCCAUCUUGGCCAGCGAGUAUCCGAGUAUUUUGAGAAUGAGACAAAUGCAGGUAUCGUUUUGAAGAGCGGAGAAAAGGUCCUUGGUGAUGUCGUGAUUGGCGCUGAUGGUGUGAGGUCCAAAGCGAGAGAACUCGUUCUGGGCUAUGUCGAUAAGCCCAAGAGUAGUGGGUAUGCUAUUUGGAGAGCUUGGUUUGUAAUGGGUCUUAAACAAAAGAUAGCAAGGCAGCUGAUCAGGGUCUCCAGGUUCUCAAACAAAGACAUGAUACAAGAUCCUCGAACAAAGGAGUUCUGCGAGAAUGGCGAUACCUUCAAUGGCUGGAUUGGGCAAGAUGUCCACUUCUUGUUCUCAACCCUCAAGGGUGGAAAAGACUGCUGCUGGGUUCUGACCCAUAAAGAUGACCAUGACAUCGAUGAGUCGUGGUCAUUUCCCGGUAAGAUCGAAGAUGUCUUGGACCUUCUCAAGGACUGGGACCCUACUUGCCGAGCAAUUGUCGAGAAGACACCGUCAAUCGUGGAUUGGAAGCUCGUAUAUCGCGACCCAUUACCCACAUGGGUCAGCCAGAAAGGACGUAUCGCGUUACUCGGAGAUGCUGCUCAUCCAUUCCUUCCGACAAGCGCUCAAGGUGCGACGCAAGCUAUGGAGGAUGGUGUGACAAUCGCUGUCUGCCUCAAGCGCGCUGGCAAAGGGAACGUUCCAGAAGCGCUCAAGGCUCAUCAAAAUUUGAGAUACGAGCGCGUCAGAGCGGUUCAAAAGACUGGCGAAUCAACUAGAGAUCUCUGGCACAAGACUGACUGGGAGAAAGCCAAGAAGGAUCCUAGCAGCAUUGGGUUUCCACGAGAGGAUUGGAUACAUGGAUUUGAUGCCGAGCAAUAUGCUGAAGAUAACUUCGAGACUGCUUUAGGCGAUACCGCCGCUUAUCAAGACUCUGAGAGUAAUGUUUUGGAUCAAGAACGGCAUGCCGUGGCUAAGGUAACUAGCUAG